AAACCCAAAACAUAAAUAAAAACAAAAACAAAAAGAAUGUUCUUUUAAUUUAAGAGAAGAUAAAACAUGAAAGUUCAGAAAUUUAUUGGAGGGUAGGGUAUGAAAAUAAUAAUGAUAAAAACAAAAGUGUAAAUAAAUUGUUAUAGAAGCACUUCUGAAAUAAUGCAAUUUUAAAAUUGAUUCCACACAGAAUUUAGAUUAUUUUUACUCUUAUUAACCCCAAAAUUAAAAAAAGCAUAACUGCAAUGGGUUUGGACAUUUUAGGUCAGGCGGACAUUGGGCCGGAGCCCAAAGUGAAAGAGUUCAAAGCACGCUUCCCGCCCUUUCUUUGAGUCUUUGCCGCGCCCAUCCUCACUUUUGUCUCCUUCUCCCUCUCUCUUGUCAAAGUGAGGAGGAUAUCGGAUGAUUCAGAUUUCAGAUCUGUGCGUGUGUGUGUGUGAGUGCGGUCGAGAAGAGAGAGAGAGAGUGAGUGAAAAUGUUUGGGAGAAUAAGAGCGUCUUCUUGUCCGGCCGAGAGCCUGGAGAGACCGCCGUCCAAGAUUCUCAAAGACGAUUCUCUCUCCAUCUACGAGGCUACACUUAUGAAGCUUAAAUUGGGUUCUAAACGCAAUUCGAGUCCAUGCUCUAAUGAGGUUGUAGGGGAGAUAGAUAACGGUUCUACUUCAAGCUCUUCCAAUUCGGAGCCAAUGAAGAUAGAUGCGAACUGUGCUUCUGCAGCGGCUUCUCAGGGUCAUAUAGAGGUGGCCAGCUCUCCCCAGGAGCAGGAGGAGUUUAUGACAUUAGACACAGAUUGUUCUUCAGUAACAAGUUCGACAAGUUCUACUGAUUGCCAUUCUUUGGGUACCUCGAAACAGCAACGGAGUACAAACGUUUCAGUUCUCUACCUGUUUUCUAAAUUUAGGAGAGCUCAAGAGGAUAUCUGCUUAUCCUCUGGAGAUGCAAUGACAAUAGAGAGUGCUAGUAUUUCUCCAAGUUCUAGCGGUUGCCAAUCUCUUAACAGCACAGAACAACAUUUGGAAAAGGAAUGUGUCAACUCUUUACCUGCUAGGCACAUAUGCAUGCUCUGAGUUGGGUUUAUAAAAUGGGUUUUGGGUUGUGCCUGAUUUGGCACUGGGAAUCUGAUGUGGUCUUUGUGUUUUAUUGAUCAGUUGAAAGCCAAUUUUUUGUUGUUGUUGUAA